GACAAAGAUCGGCGCGAGAGAGACCUGACAGAAAAAAAGCAAAGGCCAUUUUCCGUGCAGAGAAUAGAAUGUAGAGAGAGAGAGAGAGAGAGAGAGGGGAAGAGCAGAGCAGCGACCGAUCGAGCUUCAAAAACUCCUCAAAUUCAGGCACCCUCAAAAACCCUCCUUCAAUUUUUCUUUCUAACUCCAGAAUCGGAGAAUUUCGGAAUCCGAAUGGCCAAGAAUCCGUUCUCGGCUACACGGAUUGGCUAUUAUAUUGAAUAAAACAGAAAAAAAUUCAUGUGAGAAUCGAGCUGAGAGUCAAUUUGAUUCCAUUUGAUCGUUUGAAAGAGAUGAAGAGCCACAAGAAGGCCUACAAUUACACCAUGUUCAAGUGCUUCACCCGCAAGUUCAAAUGCAGCGAGGCGGAGCCACCCGCCGACGUCAAAGAGGAGUUCGCGAGGUUCUCGGGGGGCGAUCUCCAUAUGUCGCCGGAGCAAUUCCGGCGGUUCUUGGUUGAGUCUCAGGGAGAAUUGGAGUGUACCCUCUCCGAUGCGGAGAGGAUAGUGGGCCAAGUUAUCCAUAGAAGGCACCACCUCACGAGGCACACCAGGCACGGUCUCGACCUCGACGAUUUCCACCAUUUCCUCUUUUCCCAUGAUCUGAAUGCUCCCAUUGUAUCCCAGGUGCACCAUGAUAUGACUGCUCCAUUGUCACAUUAUUUCAUAUAUACGGGUCACAAUUCCUACCUAACAGGGAACCAAUUGAGCAGUGAUUGCAGUGAUGCCCCAAUCAUAAAGGCAUUGCAAAGAGGUGUGAGGGUUAUCGAACUUGAUUUAUGGCCGAAUUCCACAAAAGAUGAUGUUCAAGUAUUUCAUGGAAGGACAUUGACUGCUCCUGUGGCACUUAUUAAAUGUCUGAAAUCCAUAAAAGAGUAUGCCUUCGUCGCAUCUCCGUACCCCGUCAUAAUAACUCUGGAAGACCAUCUUACACCAGAUCUUCAGGCUAAAGUGGCUGAGAUGGUCGCUCAAAUGUUUGGAGACAUGCUUUACUAUCCCGAGUCAGAAUUUUUAGCAGAGUUUCCCUCUCCUGAAGAAUUGAAGCAUCGAAUUGUUAUUUCAACCAAACCUCCAAAAGAAUAUCUUGAAUCCAAGAAUGUCAAGGACAAGGGAACUGUCUCUCCUAAAGAAAGAGACUCAUCUGAAGAAGAACUAGCAGGGAAGGAAAGGCUAUCUGCAGCUGAAUCGGAUGCCGGUAACAGGAGUGAUAGUGAUCAGGAUGAUGAAGAUGUCUUUGACCGUAAAGCACCUGAAUACAAGCGUCUAAUUGCAAUUCAUGCUGGUAAACCGAAAGGUGGGCUAAAGGAGGCAUUAGAAGUUGGAUUUGAUAAAGUUAGACGUCUUAGUUUGAGCGAGCAAGCACUUGAAAAAGCUGCCACAAAUCAUGGGGCUGAUGUUGUGAGGUUCACACAGAGGAAUAUUUUGAGGAUAUACCCUAAAGGAACCCGAUUCACCUCCUCAAAUUACAAACCACUUAUUGGGUGGACACAUGGAGCUCAGAUGGUGGCCUUCAAUAUGCAGGGAUAUGGAAAAUCACUCUGGAUGAUGCAUGGAAUGUUUAGAUCAAAUGGAGGCUGUGGUUAUGUGAAAAAACCUGGUUUUCUGAUGAUGAGAGGUCCACGUGAUGAGGUUUUUAAUCCUAAAGUUGUAUUGCCAGCAAAGAAGACAUUGAAGGUGAAAGUAUACAUGGGUGAUGGAUGGUGUUUGGAUUUUAGCCCAACACACUUCGACACAUAUUCCCCACCUGACUUUUACACAAAGGUUUAUAUACUUGGAGUGCCACAAGAUUAUGCCAAGGUGAAAACAAAGAUAAUAGAGGAUAACUGGGCACCUGUCUGGAACGAAGAGUUCUCAUUCCAAUUGUCUGUUCCUGCAUUGGCCUUACUUCGAAUUGAAAUAAGAGAAUACGACAGGUCGGAGAAGGAUGACUUUGGAGGGCAGACAUGUUUGCUGGUGUCGGAGCUUAGACCCGGGAUUCGGGCAGUCCCCCUGUUCGACAAGAAGGGAAAGAGGCUCAAACAUGUGAGGCUCCUUAUGAGAUUUCAGUUUGUAUGAGCUGUAAUGUUUACCUUCUUGGAAGGAGUAGUGGUGUCUUAAUGAAACUUUGUCAUCAGAUUGUUGUAUAUAUAUAUAUAUACUAGUGAAAUGUCAUUUUGAGUAGCUGAAAUAUAUCUUCAGAUUUCAUGAAUAA